GCGCGUGCUCAGUUGCUCCACCGACCCGGGGGCCAGGCCCCGCCACCUGCUGCCCAAUCAUAUCCGACUCCCUCCGGCCUGGUCCUUCAUAUUUCGGAGUGCUCGCUCGCGCGUCCUUAAGCUCUCCGCGGGCGCGCGGGGCUCUCUCUGGCAGCAAUCAAUGAUGCCUGGAAGUUGACGUACACAUAUAUUCAGAAAUGUUUUGCCACCUGAGACCUGUAAGGAGCUUAUGUCUGGAGAAGGUAUUUCCACACUGGUUUUCCUACUCAAGAGCUUUCUCAGGAGCCGAAGCCGUCAAUGCUUUGAGGCCAUUCUAUUUUGCAGUGCAUCCAGAUUUCUUUGGCCAGCACCCCAGAGAAAGGAAAGUUAAUGAGAACUCUCUUCAGAAACUAAGUGUCUACUUAGAAAACCUCCAGAAACCGGGCUUCAAGUCUUUGAAACCGACUCAGCUCACGUUUUAUGUGAGAGAAACAGAUCAAAAUUCCUCUGAUGGCCAGGAAACCUUCAGUCCUGUCGGAUUUCGAGCAGUCAAAUUUACUUUGCACACCAGAGAUCUGCUAAGCACAGUAUUAUAUAUUCUCAACUCCUGCAGUUUGUCAGUUGAACAUGUCCAAAGCUUGAAUAGCAGUGCGCAUCCCCAGCCUCUCAAAGAGGCGAAAAGGGUGCCUGACAGGCCCAUCAAAUGGGACAAGUCUUAUUACUCCUUUACUGGAUUCAAGGACCCGGAUGAAGACCUCGAACAAGUCUCGAGAGCGGAAACCACCCUAACAUCCUGGUUAGAUAACAAUGGGAAACGUGCAGUUAAAAAGCUGGAGAACAGUUUGCCACUUAGAAAAGAACUAGAUCGUCUGAAAGACGAACUCUCUCAUCAGCUGCAGCUCUCAGACAUCAGGUGGCAACGGAGCUGGGGCGUCGCCCACCGCUGUAGCCAGCUGCAGAGUUUGGGCCGCUUGGCACAGCAGAACCUGGAAACACUUAAAAAUGCAAAAGGACGCACGGUGAUGUUUACAGACCGCUCCGGGAUGAGCGCAGUGGGCCACGUGAUGCUGGGGACGAUGGACGUCCACCACCACUGGACCAAGCUUUUUGAAAGAUUACCAAGUUACUUUGACCUUCAGAGGAAGCUGAUGUUUUUAGAAGACCAAAUAAGCUAUCUGCUAGGCGGCAUACAAGUUGUUUAUAUUGAAGAAUUACAGCCAGUAUUGACACUGGAAGAAUACUACUCUCUUCUUGAUGUGUUCUAUAACCGACUACUGAAGAGCAGAAUACCUUUCCACCCUCGAAGUCUGCGUGGUUUACAAAUGAUCCUCCACAGUGACAGAUACGCUCCAAGCCUGCAUGAUCUCGGGCAUUUUAACAUCCCGACCCUCUGUGAUCUCGCAAACCUACAGUGGUUCAUUCUCACCAAAGCCCAGCAGGCAAGAGAGAACAUGAAGAGGAAAGAUGAGUUGAAGGUUAUUGAAAGUGAACUGAUACAGGCUUCCACGAAGCAGUUUGCCCUGGAAAAGUUGUAUAAGGACCCCAGUGUCUCAAGUGUCCAAAUGGUGGACUGCUGCAGGAGACUCCUGGACCGGCCACUGCCCUGCCUGCGGGGCAUGCGCCUCUGUGUCUCCAGUUUCUACUCUGUCCUGCAGGAUGGCGACCUCUGCAUCCCUUGGAACUGGAAAAAUGGAAAAGCCACCAAAUAA